AUGGUCGUGCCCGGCGAGUGCCUUGAGCGCGUUGGUGAGAUUGCUGUUCUGGUAACUGCCGUGGAGCUGUGUCCACAGAGGGAACAGCUUGUCGAUGGCCUCACCGUUCAGGUGCGUUUGGUAACUCUCAUGGUGAGAGUACGCACGCCGGGACGAUUCGUGGUUCCACAUUCUCAGCAGAUGACUGAACAGCGCGAACACGUCGCCGACGAGUCCAAGGUCCCAGAAGCCGAGCGGGGUGAGGCACUGCUGGCCGGGUUGAUUGCCGGGGCAGUCGACGCAUUCGAUGGCAUUGUCAACUACACUGAGCUUAUGCGGCAGGAGGCUGGGACAGCUGUCGGUGAGGAAGGACUGGAGCGGCGAGGUGGGCGGGCAGUUGUGAGUUGCGUCAUCGGGCUGCUUGUCGAGAGUGUUACAUUGCCAGUGGGAGGACGGCACCUGCCGACCGUAGUGGCACUCCCGCCAGCCCUUGGUUGUGGCGGUGGCACGGCAGCACUGGGCGUAGAGGAAAUACAGCACGGGGCACAGACGGCAGACUAUCUGUCUCAGCAUAUCAAGCAGCUCGUCGGGGUCGGCCGGGUAGUACAGCUGUGCGGUGUUGUUGGCGAAGUCGACGGAGUAGGGGCCGUUGUCCCUGUCGUCGCCGGUGAGCUUGCAUAUCUUAUAGCUUCGCCAGUUGUUGCCGCAUUUCUCUGCCAAGUUGCUAAGCGCCUCGUGCGUCAUCGGGAUGAUGCUCAGCAACACCUUGGCGUACUUGUCGGCGUCAGCCUCCCGGCACUGCGCUCCCGAGUAGCGAGAGACGUACGCACCGCCGAACUCCCCGACGAAGGCACUGAGUCCCCUGCUCACGGAGUCCAGCGUGGGAGUGGAGGGCUUCUGGAACGACUGCGGAGUCAGCUGUGUGAGCGCGUCGGUGAGGUUGUGGAGCAGGCCUCGCAGCCUGUCGUCGAAGCCCUGCGUCACGCAGAGGAACUUGUCGCACAUGGCGAUGGCCUCCUGGAGGUCACCGGUGCGGAGGGCGUGGAUGUCACUCUUGAUUUUUUCGAGUGCUUUGUCGAUGUUAUUUUCUUUGAAAAGCCCCAACUUCCAAUCCACACUACCGGCUUCGCUCGCAAUCUUGGCGCACAGUUCACCAAGGAAUUUGUUGAUGUCAGGGACUGUAUCCCUGUUGAGAUCUUCAAUGUCUUUCUUGAUUUUUUCAAGACCUUCAUUUUUGUCCUUACCAAUCUUCUUUAUCAUAAAUUCCAUAUUCUUGAUCACGCCUCUUUCUUUUGGCUCACCGGCAUCCUUACCCUGCAACUCACUCCUCAGCUCGUCAAGCUCCGCGGUGAUUUGGGUGACGCCUUGCUCUAUGUUCUUGGGUUGUCCAGUCAACUCACUUUGUUGAGCGUGAAGGCCAUUUUCAAUAUUCUCCAAGCCCUUAGCAUUGUUAUCAUCAUUCCAACUUGCCUCGUUACUCAUCCCUUUGUCCUUCAAAUCACCCAGCUUUUCAAUGACGUCACUGUCCAGCGUGCUCCUCUGCUCUUUGAGUGCAUCCUUGAUUGCCUCGCUGGCUUCCCCUAUGGCUUGUGGAUUGGAUGUAAAAUCACCGGAUUGUAA